AUGCUUCGGGGAUCUGGUGGACGCCUGGGCCUCGUCUACAUGGAUGAUUUGUUCAUAGCUUCUAAAACCAUAAAAGAGGGCACAGAAAAAUUAGAGAAGGUACUUCAACUUCUGCGUAAUGCAAAACUUACUUUGAAGCUUGAAAAAUGUCAAUUUUUCCAAACGCAAAUAAACUAUUUAGGUUAUAAAAUAUCGUCGGAAGGUAUACGCCCAGGUAAACUAAAAAUUGAAGCUGUGGCAAAUUUCCCAGAACCCAAAAAUGUACACGAGGUUCGUCAAUUUGUAGGACUUUCGAGACUUCCGGCGCUUUCUCAGGAAUUUUUCAGUGAUUGCAAGACCGUUGACAAACCUCACGAAACUUUUUUCGUGAGGUUUGUCAACGGUCUUGACGUUAGCUGGCGUUUUGGAGAAGAAGAAAGGGAUGCGUUUAAUAAGUUAAAAGAGAAACUCGUAAGUCGUCCCUUACUGGCAUUGUAUGACCCAACAGCACCUGUGGAAGUCCACACAGAUACCAGCAAACUGAGAAUUGGUGCAAUUCUCAUGCAGAGGCACAAUGAUGCGGUACACCCAGUAGCAUAUUAUAGUCGUCAGAAUUCACCUGAGGAACAGAGAUUUCAGUCUUAUGAAUUAGAAACUCUCGCACUAGUCACGGCAUUGCAGAAAUUUCGUGUUUGUCUGUUAGGCACGAAUUUCAAAGCAGUAACUGAUUGUAGCGCUAUUCGGAACACUAUAAAUAAACGAGAUCUAGUGCCACGUGUUGCGAGAUGGUGGAUAUCUAUGCAGGAAUACGAUUUCACAAUCGAAUACAGACCCGGUAAUAAAAUGGCUCACGUGGACGCAUUAAGCCGGAAUCCUAUUAGAACUGAUGUGCACAAUAAUGAAAACAGAAUUGACGUACUCUUCGUAAAUAAUGAUGAUUGGUUGGAAACAAUACAAUCCUCAGAUUCAGAACUGCAGCGUAUAGUAAAAAUAUUGCAAGAUCCUGAAAGUGAGCAUGUUGUUGAAAUUAAGAAUAAAUUUUACAUUAAAAAAUGGCAAGCUUUAUAG